CGAUGACGCAUUUUCUGCCUUGUUGGAAGGCAGUUUCAGGAAGAAGCGCUGUGACAGGAGGCUCCUGUUAUUAGCGGAGGAACCCAAAGACACCCGGACGCUCUCACUCGAGUGGUAUUUCUGUCCCUGUCGUCGAACGAUGUCAGUCACUGAGGACCUUCCAGACAUGGACGGAACCGAACUGUUGGGGCUGCUGUUCCACGAUGGAGCUGACGGGUCCACCGAGCCUCUCUUCGGCGAUGGGAGUGGACUCAUUGAAUCCUGGCUGUCGGAGCAAGAUAUGCUGACAGGAAUGGACACUGAAGACUUUCUGUCCAGCUUGUUAGAGGGACAGUACAACAUGGAGGCCAUCGGCCCCUCUCACUCUCCCCUGGGCAGCGACAGCGGCAUUUCUGACGACAGCAGCACUGGGGUUGGAAACAACAACCACCUGGGAUGCCCGAGUCCCCAGGGCAGCGAUAGUGAUGUUGUGCCCAGUCCCCGCUACUCCCAGCCCAGCCCGGCGCACUCGGACCCGGCCCUGGCCCCUGGAGAGAUGCAGACAGAGAGCCUGGAGGUUUUGACCGUGCAGGCGGAUCACAGCUACUCUCUGCUGCAGGGCGGGGGCGGGGACAUGGACGUCCUGCAGAGUGUGAGAGCAGAGAAGCCGGACACAGAUGUCUUCAUUGAUCUGGACGACUUGGUGAGUGAGGACAUAGAGGAGGACUUCACAGACGAGCUGCCCUGCACUUUGGACAUAGAGGACUCGACACAGGAUUCAACUCCAGCAGACCAGUUCAUGUUUAAAGAGAUUGUGCUCACCGAGGAGGAGAAGCGGCUUUUGGGGAAAGAGGGAGCAACUAUUCCGACACACAUGCCGCUCACAAAGGCGGAGGAGAGGACCUUAAAGAGGGUCAGGAGGAAGAUCCGCAACAAGCAGUCUGCUCAGGAGAGUCGCAAGAAGAAGAAGGUGUAUGUUGACGGACUGGAAAACAGGGUCGCCAUCUGUACCGCACACAACCUGGAACUACAGAAGAAAGUCCAAAUGCUCCAUAAACAGAACGUCUCCUUGAUAGAGCAACUGAAGAAGCUCCAGACGAUUGUGAAGAUGUCGACUAUGAAGGUCAGCACAACCAGCACCUGUGUUAUGGUGUUCCUGCUCUCUUUCUGUCUCAUCAUCUUCCCGUCAGUCAAUCCAUUCGGCGGAAACCGAGAACAGAAGGAACUCUACACACCCUCCUCCGUCAUCUCCCGAACCUUGCGCUCGCUGCCACCAGAGAGCACGGACCCCAUAUCCUACCUGGAGCCGGAGGACGACGAGGUUCUCUUAGUUCCCCAAGCCGAGUUGGAGAACGCCAAAGCCAUCUUCGCCGGCGGCGGCCUGAAGAACCACACGCCCGACUACCAGAGGAUGGAGCAGCCCGACUCCGAAACCGGAGUCAGCAGCAACUCAUCGGCAGACUUCCCCGGCCCUGCCCAGGCCGCGGAGAUGACGCCGGGGCCGCCUGGGGGAGCGGGGCCCUCACAGGAAGGGACCGCCGAUGCCGCUGUGGCGUACGAGGUCACGGGAUCCAAGGACAACUGGAUAGACCGGAACCCCCCGUCUGUCAUACUACAGCAGCACCGCUCAGAUGAGAUGUAGUGGGGCGGUGUUGAGCCGUGUACCCAGCAGAGGGAGCUAUAUUCCUAAUGUUUGAGGUACCAGAAGGAAGCUUAAACUUACAAAAGAAUGAAGGGAACAUACCGGUGAUUAUCUUGAUAUAGGAUCAGUUUUUCUGACCCUGCUUGUCCCCCUCUAACAACCUUCAUUUGCACUUUGUCCGCGCUCCAGUGGGGAAAAAGAACUGGAGAGAGUUUUGCAUAUUUCAGCAGGGUAAACUACCUAAAGGACAUCGCCGUGGUAAACUAUAUGCCGCUUCCACUGGGGGCCACAUGCAACCUGAGUCGCACGGAGGGCUCUCGUUUUUUUAAUGUACAAUGCGGUGCUGAUGACAUAAGAGACGUUUUACUUGAGGACAUUGUUAUUUAUCAAAGAAUUCUUAAGCUUGACCCGUCUCAUCACUUCUAACGGAUCUAAAUAUUAAUGUUAGCUGCACACGAAUGACACUCCCAUUGUAAAUUAUUGUGAAAUUAAGUAGUGCCAACAGUUUGGGCCGCAGACCAGCCAAAAAACAUCCAUCGCAUCGUAGAAAAUAGGCUGCUUGAUACUCGUAAAAGCUUUAGAUUUAAAGUGGUUGUUUGACCACCGUAAUGCUUAAAGCCAUUGCAGGACAUUUGGCCAUUUAGAAGACUUGUAAAGUUUUGUUAGUAUUUCCCUUGUAACAAGGGUAUCCAUGCUCCUUUUAAAGAAAAUUAUGGAAUGCUUUUGUUUUUAUGUUGUACAGUAAAGCAAGAAAUAUAAUGUCAUAAAGCAAAGUAUGGAACAAGAUGCUGAACCCUUGAAUUUGUUGUUGUCCGCCAAACAUAGUCAACCCCCUCCCAUCUCCUCUUUUCCGACGUCAUGGGACGUUUUUUUUUUUUCUAAACGUUUCUGAAAUACCUGAGCACUUGUGUGGGGCAAACAAAGGGUUUGAUAUAAAUCUGUGUAUAAUAUAUGAACCGUGUAGCAGUAGAAAUGUACUAAAAAAUGUAAUGAACUGUUGUAAUCACGGCGAGGCAUUUUGGUCAUUGUUAUUUCUUAUGUUACCGGCAGCAGUACGUGGAACCCUGAUGGUAUUGGACCUGCUUUUUGUUAUAAUCGACAGUCUGUGAAAUUUUAAAUGUUGAUCAUGUUGAACAAAUGCACUGGCAUUUGACACACAGUCCAGGAAUGAAAUGUUAAUACGCUUACAUGAUUGUGGCUCUUCUGUACAUUGGAACUCUUUAUGUAAAAGACCUGUCUGGACAUCUAUAAUAUCAAUAAACUUUUAUAUAUAUAUAAA